UUACGAACAUUAACAGACUAUCGGCAUUUUCACGUGUGGAAAUGGUACGCAUUAAAAACCGGUAUAUCGUAGUGCGUAUAGUACCACAAGUACCUGCAAAGGUGCUGAACUUUCACGAUGGCGUACUUACCAAAUGUGUCCUCCGCAACGUGAAGAAGUACUACGGCGACUAUGGACUGGGCACAGUUGAGCACGGCUUCCGCGUAAAAUAUUGCAAUGAGCGGACCAAGGUGGCGAUAAUUAGAUGCCUGCAUCGAUCGCAUCGCAUUGUGACAAGCACAUUGCCGUUGAUAACAAUGAUAGGAGACGUUCGAGCCAAAUUCCACACGCUAUACACGGGCGCUACUAUAAUACAGUGCAACAAAUUCAUAAUCAAUCAUCAACAACGCUUUUUGGACGAAAUGGUAGGCCAAAUUGCAUCGGCGAAAGAACGCAAGGACUUCAUUAAGCGAGUUAUGGAAUUCGAUUUAGAACAGUAAGCUUUUUAAUACUAGGUAGUAAAUGCGAAUUCAUGAGCGUGCUUGGUUUUUAAAACAUGUUUUGUAUUUGAACAUCUUAUGUACAUAUAUUUGCAACUACAAGGUAUAGGAUAACAUAUCAAAAUAUAAGUAAUAGUAACUGGUGUUUACACAUUUACACUUAAUUUCUAGAAAACACCUACAUAAAUAAGGCAAUAUAUUAUUUCUAAUAAACACAUGGCAUGUAGUGCUAAUGCGCCAAUUAA